ACGAAUCGGACAGCGCUUCACCCCCCGCUCCACCCGUCGGUCGACUCGGGACUACAGACACACACAUACACACAGAGCCAUGGCCGAGAACGCCGGCUUGGAAAACCAUCGUAUUAAGAGCUUUAAAAACAAGGGGCGAGAUGUGGAGACGAUGCGAAGACAUCGCAAUGAAGUGACGGUAGAACUGAGAAAGAACAAAAGAGACGAGCAUCUCCUGAAGAAACGAAAUGUUCCACAGGAAGAGAGUCAGGAAGACUCUGAUGUGGACUCUGAUUUUAAAGGGCAAAAUGUAACGCUUGAUGCCAUCUUACAGAAUGCCACCAGUGACAAUGCAGUGGUGCAGCUCAGUGCAGUGCAAGCAGCCAGAAAAUUACUCUCAAGUGACAGAAAUCCCCCCAUAGACGACUUGAUAAAAUGUGGAAUCCUUCCAAUCUUAGUCAAAUGCCUGGAGAGGGAUGACAAUCCUUCAUUGCAGUUUGAAGCUGCCUGGGCUUUGACCAACAUUGCAUCAGGGACGUCUGCGCAGACUCAGGCAGUGGUCAAAUCCAAUGCUGUCCCAUUGUUUUUGAGACUUCUCCACUCUCCUCAUCAGAAUGUGUGUGAGCAGGCUGUGUGGGCACUGGGAAACAUCAUUGGUGAUGGGCCUCAGUGUCGAGAUUACGUUAUCUCACUCGGCGUGGUCAAACCUCUCUUGUCGUUUAUUAAUCCUUCCAUCCCCAUAACCUUCUUGAGAAACGUUACCUGGGUCAUUGUCAACCUGUGCCGAAACAAAGACCCACCCCCACCAAUGGAAACAGUGCAAGAGAUUCUUCCUGCCCUUUGUGUACUCAUAUAUCAUACAGAUAUAAAUAUUCUGGUAGACACAGUGUGGGCUCUGUCCUAUCUGACAGAUGGAGGUAACGAGCAGAUUCAGAUGGUAAUAGACUCAGGUGUCGUCCCCUUCCUUGUUCCACUGCUCAGCCACCAAGAGGUCAAAGUUCAGACUGCGGCGCUGAGAGCGGUGGGGAACAUUGUAACAGGGACGGAUGAGCAGACUCAGGUGGUGCUCAACUGUGAUGUCCUUUCUCACUUUCCCAACCUGCUCACACACCCCAAAGAGAAGAUCAACAAGGAGGCAGUGUGGUUCCUGUCCAAUAUAACAGCAGGUAACCAGCAGCAGGUACAGGCUGUAAUAGAUGCUGGGCUCAUACCCAUGAUCAUUCACCAGCUUGCCAAGGGUGAUUUUGGAACACAGAAGGAGGCAGCAUGGGCCAUUAGCAACUUGACAAUAAGUGGAAGAAAGGAUCAGGUGGAGUACUUAGUGCAGCAAAACGUGAUCCCACCCUUCUGCAACCUGCUGUCAGUGAAAGACUCUCAGGUGGUCCAGGUGGUUCUCGAUGGACUGAAAAACAUCCUCAUCAUGGCUGGGGAGGAAGCCAGCACAAUUGCUGAGAUCAUUGAAGAGUGUGGAGGAUUGGAAAAAAUCGAGAACCUACAGCAGCAUGAAAAUGAGGACAUCUAUAAACUUGCAUUUGAGAUCAUCGAUCAGUACUUUUCAGGAGACGAUAUUGAUGAGGACCCUAGCCUGAUUCCUGAGGCCACCCAGGGAGGCACAUUUAACUUUGAUCCAACCUCCAACCUACAAACCAAGGAGUUCAAGUUUUAGACAACCAGAGCUUUGAACUUAGGAAUGGUGGGUUUCCCAGCUGCUCCUCAACCCCUGCCACCUACUGACCCAUCAUCUACCAACCACUCACUAACCAGAAAAACCAACCAAUCACCAUGCUCCGAAAUGACACUCACUCAAACAGAAGAAACUAGCACUGAAGGAUCUGAGUCUCAACGCCACUCAAAAUACAGAUGGAUCUCAACAAUCUCAAGACGUUGAAGAAAAAAAAAGAACAAGAAUCAUUAUACUGCAGUUGCCAAAAAACAAAACAAGACAAAAAAAAAAACAAGGAUAUAUAUUUUGCUCUUUUUCACUCACUCACACACAUAGGUGAGCAUGAACAAUUAUAGAAACUUCUGUUGUUGUACCAGCCAUCAUAUCAGCCAAGGAAGAUGAAAGAAAGAGUUAUUCCUGAAAUAUAAAGGCAGGGAUUUUCUUUUGUUUCCAAGAAAUCCCUUCCCUCAAAAUGUUGCAUUUCUGGUAAUGAUCUUAGAGUCUCAGCCAGACACCCAACACGAUACGUCCAGCCUCGACUGUGUUAAGCCAUUUGGACCCCCUCCCUCAUUCAUCCGAAAUCUGUGAACUAGCCUGCAAUGGGUUAUUCCAUGGAAUAUUAUUCAAAUGUGGGAAGGGAGUGACUCUAAAUAUGUGGUGUGCAAACAAAACUUUAACUAUCGCAACCAAUUUUUGCUUUUUCUUCAUCCUCAAAUUAUGGAUAUUUACAAAACACUGAAGAUAAUGAAGGAAAAAGAAUCACGUCAGAUCAUCACACAAACUUGAAGAAAAUUUCAUUUAAGGCAUUCAAGCGCCCUCAUUUUCGAAGUUCCUCAGCGAUAGUGUAGUGGACAUUCAUUGUGCCGAUCUUUUUUUGGUUUGCAGUGGGACUGUCGGGCAUGUCAAAGGAGGAUCCUAUAUGAUUUGUCAAUUUGGCCAGGACUUUUAAAGGACCGCCCCAGCCUUUGGAAGUUCUUUUGAGAUAACCUUAACAGGUCUUUCUGCUUAAAAAGGGUGCUCUGGCAGCGCUUCUUAUUUUCUGGAUUCAUCUUCUCUACUUCUUGUCUGUAAGCAUAGUAAUAAGUUCAUCGGGAUAAUCCCAGUUGUAACCGUUUGGAGGAUAUUUUCACUAAAUCAGUGCAUUUCAUCACUUGGUAGUCAAAACCACAAGAAACUUUGCAACAGUGAUUGGAUAGUGAAUUCUUUUUUUGUUUUGAUCAGCGAAGCUUCCGCUUUUGCAGUUUUUCCAGUCUUACACGCACACUUUAAGUUUUCCCGUUUUAUUGCUUAAUGUAAGUGUAGAGCGAUGUUCGCUUAAUUUUGACUAUACAAGCAAUGGGGAAAGAAGAUCCAUGACAUUGUGGUUCUUUUUUUUUUUUUUUUUAAGUUGGUUUUUAAUCUAAUUUCACUUGCUACAAAACCUAAUUGUACCAACUAAAAUGAAAGUAUAUUUCUUGUUUAGGUAUAUAAUGCGAAGCUACCACACUUAGGUCCACUAGACAUUGUUGGGACGCUACAGAACAAUAAUAACAUUGUGAUUAUUGAUUUACAGCCAAUAGGGGUAAUUAUUUUAUUUUUUUCUUUGUUCAUUUUUGGUGUAACUUUCAUUUUGUAAUGGCAAAUUAUUGCCAUUAUUUGGAAAAUGGGCUUUCUUACUGUUAUGACUGGAUGUUUUUUUCUUCUUUUUUCCCCUGUGCAUUAACUUGUAAAGGGAUGUAUGGGGGACAAAACUGCAUUUGAACUAAAGUAGUUAUGUUUGGGCCGCAAACUGCUGAAAAAGACAGUAAGAAAGCUGAAGGCAGCCCUGAUCAUUUUUGAAUUAGCCAUAGUUGUUGAACAAAAAGAAAAAACUGGUUUGAAAUUCAUGAACUUAUCUAGGCAACUAGAAAACGAGCCACUUUAAAGAAGUUUUGUCUUGUAUCAGAAAUGGAUACAAGCUUAUUGCUUGUUGCAAGAUUUUUACUUGCUAAAGAAAAAAACUAUCUAAAAAGCGACAGAUCGCAUUUUGGCCUCUGAUUGUUUGUAUGUUUUUAUAAAUUUUAGAACUGAAUUUCUCUUUAAGGUGGCUCAUCAGUAUUUUUUUUUUCAACUCUUGUGCAUAUUAAAGAUAAAGAAUGAGUUGAAAUUCAUUGUGCCUUUUGUUUUUCAUUUCAAAGUAACUAAAAAAAGGUUCAUAAUGCCUACCACGUUGCAUUGGAGCUGCUUCUAAUAUGGGGUCUUUUGGGUGUUAUGUCUGCCUAUCUCUGGACUUUACAAUGAGACGUUCACUGGAGUAGAGUUUAUCUACUUAAAUUCUUCUCUAGUCUGCUGGCUGACUUGUAAUUGAUCCCCUUAACUUCCAUUUUGCUCCCUUCUCAUUCUUUUCAUGUGGAUCACAAUUACCCACAAUUCUCAACCUAUCCACUCCCCCUUUCUCACCUCCACCUUUCUAUGGCAACACAUCUUUCACUCAUCACUCCCAAAGGACGUGCUUUAUGUAUCAAUGAACCUAACCAAAAUAAACUUGCUGUUAGCCAUC